CUGGCCGCAGAGCAGGCUCGCUCUCGGGUCGUGGCUUCCGAGGAGCCCCGUAUCCUUGGACCCUCCGACCGCAAAACGAGAGGCUUUAGCCCUGCCUCAUGUGGCGGUGGCGGCUGCUGCUGUGGGAAGGAGGGCCUCGACAGGUGGUGUUAGCUGCCACUAGUGUAUCUCUCCUGACCACUGAUUCUGAACUAUUUCUGGUGGUUUUCCUUCCUCAGUUCAGCUCUGGUGGUGUUGUAGACUGUGAUCACUCAUUAUGUUAGUGUUUUGAGAGGUAAACAUUGAGAAUGAGUGGAGUAUGGGAUGGAAAAACAUUUCAAAGAAAAGUGGGAAAGGGAGGGGAAAUGCAUUGCAUGGGAGCUUAUUGAAUUGUUGGCAAUUUCAAGAAACCAGAAACUUGCCCAAUCUGGGGAGGAGAGCCAGAUCCUGGAGUUGUUGAUUCAGAGGGAUAAAGAGUUCCAGGAAUUAAUGAAAUUGGCUCUUGAUCAAGGCAAAAUCCAUCAUGAGAUGCAGCUAUUGGAAAAAAUGGUAGAGAAGAGAGACAGUGAUAUUCAGCAGCUUCAAAAACAACUGAAAGAAGCAGAACAUUUACUGGCCACAGCUGUUUAUCAAGCAAAAGAAAAACUGAAAUCCAUAGAAAAGGCAAGAAAGGGGGCCAUUUCAUCAGAAGAAAUAAUUAAAUAUGCUCAUAGAAUUAGUGCCAGCAAUGCUGUGUGUGCUCCUUUGACAUGGGUGCCAGGGGAUCCACGGAGACCGUACCCAACUGAUUUGGAGAUGAGGAGUGGUCUGCUGGGUCAGAUGAAUAAUCCAUCAGCGAAUGGAGUCAAUGGACACUUACCAGGGGAUGCACUUGCAGCAGGCAGAUUGCCAGAUGUUCUUGCGCCUCAGUAUCCUUGGCAAUCAAGUGACAUGUCAAUGAACAUGCUCCCUCCUAAUCACAGCAAUGACUUUUUGUUGGAACCUCCUGGACAUAAUAAGGAGAAUGAAGAUGAUGUAGAGGUUAUGUCAACAGAUUCCUCAAGUAGCAGUAGUGACUCAGAUUAGGGACCAUGUCUGACCCUGCUAGUGACUACAUUAUUAAACACUUGCUCUACAGUCCAGAUGGAAGCUAUAGUACAAAAUGAGAAGCAGCCAAUUGUGCAAACUCUCUUGAUAACUUUUAAACUAAAGUUUAAUUCAUCUAUAUUUCUUAAAUUAGUGUUUCCUCAAAAGUAGCUAACAUGUUAGGGCUAACAUGUUCGCGCUAACUGGACUUCUUUCUAGUGACUUUGGCAAGUUUAUUUAAAUUUUUUGUUCAGUAGAUAAGCUCUUGAAAAGGUGUUGUUUUUUUAAGAAUCUAUUGGAAGUUAAAUAUCUCAAACAUUUUGUAGACUCUUGCCGUAUUUUUAAAUGUAGACGAAAAGGGGGUUAACUGUUUAGAGAUGUUAAAAUUGCCACAGUGGUUACUUACUGUGUGUGUUAUGCAGAAUAACAAGAAGUUUUUUGUAAUAUAAUGUAAAUGACUUUGUUACAAAUAAAAACACCAUUAUCUGAAAACA